ACAAUGGUUCUCAAUACACUGAUUAAAGUGCUAUCUAUUAAAACAAAAGCAUUUACAGCGAUCUGCACGAUCGAGUUCUAUGGCAUUCCUAUCUGAAGAAUUCACAGACACAGAGACAGAUGGAAUAUAAAGAUCAUCCAUCAGUAUUUUUUUCCCUCCCAAAGAGUUGCUGUUAUCUUGGAAAACGCAGUGCUGAUAUGGAAACAAGGCAUUACACAACAGACUUCCACAACAGAAGAAUUCAAUCCCUUCAGCCUGAUUACGGUAAUCACUGCUCUGCUCCCUCCUACCCUUUCUGGCACCAAAGCCAGUAAGGACGUUUUCUGUUCAUCAGCUUACACUGACAAAAUCUGCGUAUGUUAAAAAGAAAACAUAUGAAGGGAUGAGGCAGUGUUUAUAAAAGCAAAGGAAAAGGAAAAGAAAAAAGAAUUAGAGCAUUGUUCAGCCAAAUAGCAAAUCAAGUCUGUUACAUGUAGUACUCGAAGUUCAAAACGGCUUUGUGAGAGUUUUUCUUUUACUUGCUUUCUUCUUCUAACUCUUUCCAGUAACGCGGGAAGGUACUGACAGCACGGGGGGACACCACACGAGGAACAAAUUAUCCCAAACACCAGACCCACCGCAGGGCACAGCUGAGGGUCGCGCCUCGCCCUCCACUUCCCCGCCCAGUCACGUUUAAACGCAGACCGGGGGGAUGCCAGGCAGCUGCGGUGGGGUCCGGACCCGCGACAAUCGUCAACACCAGCACUGCAACAGGUACCGGCACGGGCACCGGGAGCCCGCAGACCUGCCGCAGGUGAAAUCGCCGGCCUUGCCCGGGCCCCGCAGCCGGCUCCGAGCGAGUCUCUACGCUGCCGACCGCAAGCACUGGGCGAGGGCCGCGGCCGCCCGCAGGUCUGCGGCAGGUGAGGAGCCCUUCCCCCGGCACGACACACUCCCGCUGGGGUUAGAGAAGGGGAAGGAGAUGUGGGGAGCAGGGGGAGGGAGGAAGGGCAGAGCACCCUGCGGCAGACAGAGGAGGCUCGGCUCGGCUCUUGUUUACGUGAGGGCGACUCCCCGCCAGGCCGCCCGAGCCUGCGGACCUCCCGCAGGCCUUAGGCCAGAGCCGCGGCCCGGCGCCCAGCGCGCUCCCCGCCGCCCGUGGGCAGCUCGGCCCGGGGCGAAGGAUGGGGGAGCAACAGGCUGGGCCCCCCCCGCGGCUCCACGGCCUCCCUCCGCCUCCGGCCGCUCUCUCCCGGCCCCAGCAAACCCCGGCGCAUCAGCUGAACAAGAAACAACGCUUCGCGCGAUAAACACGUUUUAAAAGGCCGCUCGAAACUCCGGCGAUGCGGCGGCCCCUCCCUGCACUGCCCUGCCCUGCCCGCAGGACGGCACGGGCGGGUUUCCCCCGCUUCUCGCCGCCCGGCCCAGCGCCCCGCUUACCCCGGCGGCUCAGCGGGCCGCGCGGCCCAGCCCCGCUCUCCGCCUUCGCCUUUCCCGUCCCCAAGUAACGGCGCCGAUCCCGCCGCGGGGGAAGCGCGCUCAGGCACGCCCCGGCCGCCUGAAACCUAAUCCUGCCUCGCCGCCCCCCUGGCCCGGCCCGGCCCACACCCCCCCGCCGGCGGGUCUCGGGGCGCGGCGUCCCCGGGGUUGGCUGGGGAGGCCGCUCACAGCACGGAGCCAGCAGGACGGAGCGGGACUGCGGCCGCAUCUCGACAGCGCGGGGGAUGGGAGUAUCAAAGGGCUCGGCGGGAUACAUUCGAGGGCAUCCCGGCGCGCUGCCUCGCCGGCGGGUCACGUCGCAACCCAGCCAGCAAAGUUUCUGUCCCCGCGGCUGCAGGCGAGGCGGCAGACGGGGCCGAGCGGCGGAGCGCACGCCUUGCCCGGGAUGGCAGCGGGGAGCUGGGCUGCCGCGGUGCUCCCUCCCCGGCUUCCCGGGCUGCCGGCUUUCUCAUGUGGGCACGGCGGCGGCACGGCGACCCCUGCCCCGUCCGGGUGGGGCCGUGCGUGCUCCGGUUGGGUCUGGCCCUGCGAGCCCGGAGCGGCUGCCCCUACUUGCUGCCCUGCUAGCCUCCGGCUUUACCCCUCCUAGUUCAACAAGGGGCGCCUGGCCUGGAACCGAGGAAAACGGGUCAUGUUUGGAAAUGUUAAAAAAACCCCAAACCCACAAAACAACAGACAACCCAGGGUGAAGUUGGACAAAAUUAUGAAUAAGGUCAUCAGAUUAACGAACGGGUGUUUUUUCUCCGCGACAGCUGGUUAGUAUCUUCACUAAGAGUAAAGAUGCUGUGUACGAUAUAUACAUUGUAAGAAUAAAGCAUAUGAUGCAAGAGUGUUUGC